UAAGAAAAGAUAGAUAGAAGAGAGAGGGGUGGGGGAGAGAGGCACAGUCAUUGUGGUGCACUACUUGAACUUUUAGGGUUUGAGUGUUCAAAGAUUUAGUUAAACAAAAACCUUAAAAGUACUAGAUGAUGAUCUGAAUGUUCCUGUCUUUGUCUCCACCUCUGUUAGUCACCAUUUCCUCUUCUGGGUCCUCUCCAAUCUCCUUCAAAAUCUUAGCCUUUCCAACUUUCACUUCUUGUUCUUCAAAAACUUUGUUAUAAAUCUUGUUCCCUGCAUCUGGGUCUUGUAGUUUACACCCUUUUGUGGUAUUUGACACGUGAAAGCCCUAGUUUUUAUGUGGGAUUUUAAGGUGCAUUGGGAGGGUUAGUUUCAUUCUUUUAGUAUGUUGAUUUGGUAAUAGGCGGUGAAAGUAUGAAGCUUUGCAACCUGUUGUUUUUAUUGUUGUUGUUGUUGGGUUGUGUCACAUUGGGGUAUAGUGUUACAGAUCCUAAUGACCUUAAGAUCUUGUUAGAUUUCCAGAAGGGGUUGGAGAAUCCAGAGCUUCUCAAAUGGCCUGCCAAUGGUGAUGAUCCUUGUGGCCCUCCUUUAUGGCCUCAUGUUUUUUGUUCUGAUGGCAGAGUCACACAAGUUCAGGUCCAAAGUAUGGGUCUUCAAGGACCCCUCCCUCCAAAUUUUAACCAGCUCUCAAAGCUUUACAAUAUAGGCCUCCAGAGAAACAAUUUCACUGGGAAACUCCCCACCUUUAAAGGAUUAUCUGAAUUAGAAUUUGCUUUCUUGGAUUACAAUAAUUUUGAUACAAUCCCGUCUGAUUUCUUUGUUGGACUUAGUAGCAUAAGGGUUUUGGCUUUGGAUAGCAAUCCUUUGAAUGAGAGUACUGGAUGGUCUCUUCCCAGUGAGUUAGCAGAUUCUGUUCAGUUAACAAAUCUUUCAGUGUCUUCAAGCAAUUUGGCUGGUUCAUUGCCUGAUUUUCUAGGCAGCAUGCAAUCUCUUAGUAAUCUAAGACUUUCUUAUAAUAGAUUAUCUGGCGAAAUUCCUGCGAGUUUUGGGAAAUCUUUGAUGUCUACUCUGCUGUUGAAUAAUCAAGAAGGAGGUGGCAUGAGUGGUCCGAUUGAUGUUAUUGCAAGCAUGACAUCACUGUCCCAACUAUGGCUUCAUGGGAAUUCUUUCACUGGAACAAUACCUGAGAACAUUGGUGGUUUGUCUUUGUUGAGAGAUCUUAAUCUCAACGGGAAUAAGCUUGUUGGUUUGGUUCCUCAGAGCUUGGCAGAUAUGCCGCUGGAUAAUUUGGACUUGAACAAUAAUCAACUGAUGGGUCCAGUGCCGAUGUUCAAGGCUGGUAAGGUUUCUUAUGAAUCCAAUCCUUUUUGUCAAUCUAAACCUGGUUUGGAAUGUGCCCCAGAAGUUAAUGCCCUUUUGGACUUUCUUGGUGGUGUGAAUUAUCCUUCAAUCCUUACUUCUCAGUGGUCUGGUAAUGAUCCAUGUCAAGGAUCAUGGUUGGGAUUGAAUUGUGAUUCUAAUUCAAAGGUUUCUGUCAUAAAUCUGCUUAGGCAUAAUCUUACUGGCACUCUUAGUCCAUCAAUUGCAAGAUUAGAUUCACUGAUUGAAAUUGAUCUUGGAGGAAACAGUAUAAAGGGCACAAUUCCUAGCAAUUUCACGAAUUUGAACUCUUUGAGAUUGUUGGAUGUUAGUGGAAACAACCUUGGUCCUCCAUUGCCCAAGUUUCGGACUAGUGUGAAGCUUGUUGUUGAUGGAAAUCCUCUUCUGGAUGGUGGGAAUCAGACGCACCAACCCCCCUCCUCUGCUAGCAGCCCUCCUACAGGGAGUUUUACUCCACCAGAGAAUCCUCCACGAGGCAGUGCACCGCCUUCGCCAUCCACUAUGCCUUUCAGUCCACCUUCUCCAACAUCAAUCUCAAACACAAAUCAAAGAACCAAACUGGUAAUUGUGGGUGGAAUUUUUGCCGGUUCAUUGUUGGCUAUCGUGUUGAUUGCUUUGUCUCUAUAUUGUUGCUUUAAGAAGAGAAAAGAGACCUCAAAUCCUCCCAGUUCCAUUGUGGUUCAUCCUAGAGAUCCGUCUGAUCCAGAAAAUAUUGUUAAGAUUGCAUUUUCCAAUAACACCAUCAGAAGCUUGUCCACUCAAACCGGAAUUAGUUCUGUCAGUAAUACCAGUAAUCUUACAGAAAAUUCUUCUUUGGUUGAGUCUGGAAAUGUGGUUAUAUCUGUCCAAGUUCUUCGCAAGGUGACAGAUAACUUUGCCCAAAAGAAUCAGCUUGGCUCUGGUGGAUUUGGCAUUGUCUACAAGGGUGAAUUGGAAGAUGGGACUAAAAUAGCUGUCAAGAGAAUGGAGGCCGGGGUGAUGGGCAGUAAAGCUGGGGAUGAGUUUCAGGCUGAGAUUGCCGUUCUUUCUAAAGUUCGGCAUCGACAUCUGGUUUCUCUCCUAGGGUAUUCUAUUGAAGGCAACGAGAGACUUCUUGUUUAUGAAUACAUGCCUCAAGGUGCUUUAAGUAUGCAUCUUUUUCAUUGGAAGAAACUGAACUUGGAACCUCUGUCUUGGAUGAGAAGAUUGAGCAUUGCACUGGAUGUUGCGAGGGGGGUGGAAUAUCUUCAUAGUUUGGCUCGACAGACAUUUAUUCACCGAGAUCUCAAAUCAUCUAACAUUCUUCUAGGUGAUGAUUUUCACGCAAAGGUUUCUGAUUUCGGGCUGGUGAAACUUGCUCCGGACAGAGAACAGUCUGUUGCGACAAGACUAGCUGGAACCUUUGGUUACCUCGCACCUGAAUAUGCUGUUAUGGGGAAGAUAACAACUAAAGUUGAUGUGUUCAGUUAUGGAGUGGUAUUGAUGGAACUUUUGACCGGGUUAACAGCCCUCGAUGAGGAGCGCCCUGAGGAAAGCCGAUACUUGGCUGAGUGGUUUUGGCGAAUCAAGUCAAGCAAAGAGAAGCUUAUGGCUGCCAUUGACCCAGCUCUUAACGUCAAUGACGAGACAUUUGAGAGCAUCUCCAGCAUAGCUGAAUUGGCUGGGCAUUGCACUUCAAGGGAUCCAAACCACCGGCCUGAUAUGGGUCAUGCAGUGAAUGUGUUGGUGCCACUUGUUGAGAAAUGGAAACCAGUUAAUGACGAAUCCGAAGACUUCUAUGGCAUUGAUUACAGCCAGCCACUUCCUGAGAUGUUAAAAGUUUGGCAGGAUGCUGACAGCACUGGGCUAAGUUAUACCAGUCUUAGUGACAGCAAGGGUAGUAUUCCAGCCAGACCAGCUGGGUUUGCCGAGUCCUUCACAUCAGCUGAUGGUCGUUAGAUGGAGGUAACUCCUAAGCACUGAACUAGAGCUGUAAGUUUUAUCAAGUUGGUGUCAGUUGCUCUAUUUUCUGCUACGCUUAAUCGAAUCACGCAUUUUCUUUUGGUUAUUGCACACCGUAAAUACAAGGUUAAGAGUCAACCACACAGCAAGCUUCUGGGAUUUGUUAUUCGAGCCAUGAUAACUGUCUCAUGGUGUAGAUAGAUAGUUGUUAUCUUCACUUUUGCACUUGGGUCUUCCUUAAUACAGAAUUUGCUUGUUACUUUAGCUAUUUCUGUAAAGAAUUCAUGGUCAUUUGCUAUUUGAGUUCCUUGAUUCAUGUCA